GCAGACAUCAAACAGCUGAUUUGCGUAUACAUAAAUAUUUUUUCGUCACAAUGGACCAGCCCGACGAUAAUUUUCGCUAUAUACACAGUUCUUCGCUACACGAACGUGUCCAAAUCAAAGUUGGCACACUUGAAGGCAAGAAACGCCAACCUGAUUACGAGAAACUACUCGAUGAUCCCAUACUGCGUUUUUCGGGUCUCUACUCCGAGGAGUAUCCCUCGUUCCAGGUGCGUUUGCAGGUGUAUAACGAUGGACGACCUUAUUGUCUGCCAGUGCACAGCUCCUACAAAGCAUUCGGAAAACGUUGGAGCUGGAAUGAAUGGGUGACAUUGCCAUUGCUCUUCUCCGAUUUACCACGCAGCGCCAUGUUGGUCCUGACCAUACUGGACUGCUCGGGAGCUGGUCAGACGGCGGUGAUUGGCGGUACAUCGAUCUCAGUAUUUGGCAAGGAUGGCAUGUUCCGCCAGGGCAUGUAUGAUUUACGGGUUUGGCUUGGUGUUGAAGGCGAUGGUAGUUAUCCGAGCCUAACUCCUGGCAAAGGCAAAGAAUCCUCCAAAUCGCAGAUGCAACGUCUGGGCAAGUUGGCUAAAAAACAUCGCAAUGGUCAGGUGCAAAAGGUUGAUUGGUUGGAUCGUCUGACAUUCCGGGAAAUCGAAGUGAUCAAUGAACGUGAGAAACGCAUGUCCGACUAUAUGUUUCUUAUGAUUGAGUUUCCCACCAUUGUUGUGGACGACAUGUACAAUUAUUCCGUUGUUUACUUUGAGCCGGAGGUUGAUAAUAAAUUGAAAAUGCCAACAAAACCCAAAUUUGUUUUGGUUCCCGACUCGGAGAUAAAUAUGGAAAACCUCGUUGAGGAGAAACAUCAUCGUUUGGCUCGUUCGGAGCGCUCUGGAAUUUCUGAUCGGGAUGCAAAACCAACAGCAAAAAAACGAGAUCAACUGCACGACAUUGUGUAUCGCUAUCCGCCAACUUAUGUGAUGAGCAGCGAGGAGCAGGACUUGGUUUGGAAGUUUCGUUUCUACUUGUCAUCGCAUAAAAAGGCGCUUACCAAAUUCCUCAAGUGCAUCAAUUGGAAGCUGAAUGAUGAGGUGACCCAAGCCCUCUGGAUGCUCGCAAAUUGGGCGCCCAUGGAUGUGGAGGAUGCACUGGAGCUGCUCAGUCCGACAUUCACACAUGCUGAGGUGCGCAAAUAUGCGAUAAGUCGUCUGUCACAGGCACCCGACGAGGAUCUGUUGCUCUACUUGCUCCAGCUGGUGCAGGCGCUUAAAUACGAGGAUUUGCGAAAUAUUUUACAACUACACAAGUGCAUUAUACCUGAACAGGAUCGGAAUGUUGUCUGCUCGCUGUUGGAUGAGGAUGAUUCUCUGCUGGAUCAGAGCACCAUCUCCGAUCUGAGUGCAACGAGCAGUGCUCUCCAUGCCUCGGUUAUUCCCGCCAAUCAACGUGCUGCCAGUGUCCUGGCGGCCAUCAAGGGCGAUAAAUCCACAAUGGCGAGCAGUUCAAGUGCUCCGGCUAUCAGAUCCAGCACACCAGGUCUGAGAAUGGAGCGUGCUGAUGUUGCGGAUGCCAGCGCCGCCUCAAUGGCAUCCCAAUCCAAUUCCAUUACGCCUCUGCUGGGCCAAGGCGUUGCCCCCAAUCUGUGCACAUUCCUUAUAGAGCGCGCCUGCAAGAAUGCGACGCUGGCCAACUAUUUGUAUUGGUAUCUGUCCAUCGAGGUGGAGGAUGUGGAGACUGUACGUAAGCAGGAUCAACGCGCCCACGACAUGUACGCCAUGGUUCUCAACAUAUUCCUCAAGGUGCUUGAAAAUGGUAACUUUCAUUUGCGCGGCAUCUUCUACAAUCUGCGCAAGCAACAGAGAUUUAUUGAUGAGCUGGUUAAGUUGGUCAAGUUGGUGGCCAAAGAGCCUGGAAAUCGCAACAAGAAAACGGAGAAGUUUCAAAAGUUGCUUGGGGAGCAGGAUAUGUUUAAAGUGAACUUUACCAACUUUGAGCCCAUACCAUUUCCCCUAGAUCCGGAGGUGUAUAUAACCAAAAUUGUGCCCUCACGUACAUCGCUCUUCAAGAGCACCCUCAUGCCGGCCAAACUCACCUUUGUCACAUCCAUUGCACAGCAUGAAUAUGUGGCCAUAUUUAAGCAUGGUGAUGAUCUGCGUCAGGAUCAGCUGAUACUGCAAAUGAUUACGCUAAUGGACAAGUUGUUACGUCGCGAGAAUCUUGAUCUCAAAUUGACACCGUACAAGGUAUUGGCUACCAGCUCCAAGCAUGGAUUCCUACAGUACAUCGACUCCUGCACUGUGGCCGAGGUGUUGGCGCGGGAGGGAAACAUUUUAAACUUUUUUAGACGCCACAAUCCGUGUGAAGGCGGUCCAUAUGGCAUUUCAUCCGAGGUCAUGGAUACGUAUAUCAAAAGCUGUGCGGGAUACUGUGUCAUCACAUAUUUGCUGGGUGUUGGCGAUCGGCAUUUGGACAAUCUGCUGCUGACCAGCAAUGGGAAGCUGUUCCACAUUGAUUUUGGCUAUAUACUUGGCCGUGAUCCCAAGCCAAUGCCACCGCCCAUGAAGCUGAGCAAGGAAAUGGUCGAGGCGAUGGGUGGUGUCAGCUCGGAUCAUCAUCAUGAAUUCCGUAAGCAAUGCUAUACGGCGUAUUUGCAUUUACGUCGUCAUGCAAACGUCAUGCUCAAUCUGUUCUCCCUGAUGGUGGAUGCAACUGUACCGGAUAUUGCCCUGGAGCCGGAUAAGGCGGUCAAAAAGGUGGAGGAGAAUCUACAAUUGGGUUUAACCGAUGAGGAGGCCGUUCAGCACUUGCAAAGUCUGCUAGAUAUAUCCAUAACAGCUGUGAUGCCAGCGCUGGUCGAACAGAUCCAUCGAUUCACACAAUACUGGCGAAAAUAGAUGUCCAAAUCCAUUAACUUAUAUCUUAAACUAUUCUUAAUUCGAUCUGUGUUUUUAGAUCAAUCGCAGUAGGUUUAUCUACAUGUAUAUAUAAAAAAAUAUAUUAACUGUCUAUAUCAU